GGUAAUCGGGAGGUCGCCGCUGGGACGAGCCACAAGGUUUCGCGUCGACCUCCAGCCUUCGUCGAUCGCACACGCUAAGGAGGGUCUUGGUGCUCUGCCAAAUAAGGAUCUACAAAAAAAGGACACCACACAAUUUUUUUGAAAAUGCUACUUAUUGGUAAAACAACUGGAAUUUUGUUUGUGGCACACUUGUUAUUGGCUGCGCCACAUGAAGAUAUGAAAUACACACAGGCUCCACCCAGAUUACGAAGAAGUGGUGGCUAUCCUAAAUUUCCCUUUACAAGCCCUGUGCCAGUCAUCAGUUGUGGAACAAGAGAGGUUGAGCACCAUCCACACAGGAAUGGAGCCCCUUAUCCUAAGAUUGUUGGUGGCACCGAGACCUCUUAUGGAGCAUACCCCUGGCAGGUUGAAAUAGAAAUACUAAAAUAUGGUGCAAAAUCAUAUGAACACCACUGUGGUGGAGCUAUAAUAUCAGAAAGGCUCAUUGUGACUGCUGCCCACUGUCUUCAGAGUUAUGAUCCAGAACGUUUGCGUGUCACAGUGGGAAAACAUCGCCGCAGCCAGCACAAUAAAUAUGAGCAAGUCUUCAGAGUUGACAAGAUCCUUCUCCAUCCAAAAUUUAGAAGAGAUGGUUACUACAGUCAUGAUAUUGGGUUGUUGAAACUGAAAGCCACGGAUGAUAAAGGGAUCAGUUAUAACUCACAUGUACGACCCAUAUGUCUCCCGGCUGCACAUACCAGAAAUGCUGCAGGGACUUGGUGCACUGUUACAGGAUGGGGAGCACAGAAACCUCAGGACAUGGAGAGCCUUUCUGAUGUACUGCUAGCAGCAUAUGUUCCAUUACUGGAACAAGAGACAUGCCGCACAAAAGAAGUUUAUGGGGACCGAGAUCAAGCGAUUCUUGAUGGCAUGCUUUGUGCUGGUCUCCUUGAAGGUGGUGUCGAUGCUUGUGGAGGUGACUCCGGUGGACCCCUGGCUUGUGAAGUUGAUGGGAGGUUCGUGCUAACAGGACUUGUAUCGUGGGGUGAUGGUUGUGCUAAACCAUCAAAACCUGGUGUUUACACCAGGAUUUCACAUUAUGUUGAUUGGAUACAUGCAUCUUUCAAGAAACUGGGCUUGCAACAAGAACUUUAGCCCAGCAUGUUAUACUUUUCCCAAAAAGGGACAAAAAAAAUCAAGAGCUGAAUACCAAAAAUUUG